AUGUUUGCCAUAUAUUUGUUGGCUUUAAUUGCGUUCAUAAAUGCAAAUGCAUUUCAUUUGACUGAAAACAAUGAUAUCUACGAUGAAGUGAGGGAUUCACGCAAUUUCACGGGAAAAGUAGUUUUGUUGACCGGAAGUAGUUCUGGAAUCGGAGAACAAACGGUGAAACUAUUCUCGGCGUUGGGCGCCAGUGUUGUCGUCACCGGUAGGAAUGCAUCACAAGUGGAGACAGUGGUACAAGAAGUCCAACAAUUAUCACCAAAAAAGCUGAAACCAUUGGGAGUUGUGGCGGAUCUGACCAAAGAUGCAGAUAUUGAGCGUCUGUUGAAUGAGACAAUUAAGACAUUCAAUAGAUUGGAUGUAUUGGUGAACAACGCCGGUGCCGUAAUACAGGGCAACGGAACUGAAAAAGACUUUUUGGAUAUUUUGGACAAAUCUUCGAGGGUUGACGUGAAGGCAUCCCUACAACUCAUACGACUGAGUGUCCCGUAUUUGCAAAAGACAAACGGAUCCAUAAUUAAUAUCGGAAGCAUUGAAUCCGAGAGACCGCGAAAAUCUUUGUUGGCCUACAAUUUGGCCAAAACAUCUCUGACAACGAUAUCCAAUGUAUUGGCCAUAGAGUUGGGUCCACAGGGUAUACGAGUUAAUACACUC